ACAAUCUCUUUUAUUAGAUGUGAAUGACAAUAAAUAAAAAAAAAUGUCUGGAAUAUAUGAAAUAUUCGCAACAAAUUUUUAUGGACGUAAUUCAACAAAUAAUACUGUUGAAACAUCAAUGAUUGAUGAUUUAUCUCAACCAUUAGUAUUAUAUUUAUGUAUUGUAAAAGAAUCUGUCGAUAUUAUUGAUUAUAUAUCAACAAAACCAUUUGGUUCAGAUAAUUCAAAAAUUCAAAAUCGAAAAGAAGAACCAACGCGUUUGUAUAUUAUUAAAUAUCGAUCACCAGAUAGCGAUGAAUAUCAAACAACUAUAAAUGCCUUAAACAUAAUUAUUGAUAGAAUUGAGCGUAAUGAAUUAAGAGAGUUAAUAAAUUAUAAUUUAUCGUCACGUAUAUCAGUAUUUAAACAAUACAAAUCCCUGGAAACAUAUCACGAUUGUAAAUAUUUAUUGAAAAAUUUUCCUUCAAUAAAUAUUGUUUAUGUAAAUAAAUCAUUACCAUUAACUUAUAAUUAUUACGAUACAACAACAAUAUCACUUUGUACAGAUUACCAAAAACGUGUUAUGCUUGACGAUAAUAAUGAAAGAAGAAGUAUACCAUUGGGUAUGACACAAAUAUGCUGUCCAGAAAAAUCAAACGUAUUGUCAGUAUGUGAUUUUACAUUACGUAAUAAUGAAAUAAGUAAUUGGUCAGUAUGUAAAUAUAAUAACACCGGUCAAUUAAUUUCAUAUGAAGUAUGUAAAUGUUUAAAUGAAGUACCAUUAUUACGUUGGUAUAAUUUUAUUAAAAUAUUACGUUUAAGUGAUGAAUUUACGCAAAUUACAACACAUUUGGCAUAUCUUAAAACAGAAGAUAAUUUAAUAUUUUGGUUAUCAACAUUACAUACAUUUAUGCCAUCAAAAGAUGAAGAUAUUUAUUGGGAUAAUAAUCAACAUUCUAAUUUAAAAUUAUUACAUGAUAAUUAUCCAAAUGAAAUUAAUGCUGUUGAUUUAAAUUAUUCAUAUACAGAUUUUAAUAAAUUAACUUACUGUCAGAUUAUUACUAUUGAAGAGGUAUUUUUAAAAUAUAAUUUUGAUAAUAUACAAAGUAAAGAACGUACUACCUUUGCGUUUGAUAAUGACGGUAGUACGGUAAUGUUUAUUGGUUUGUUGAGUCAUAAUGUUUUGGGUGUAGAUCAUAUGAAACAUUUUGAUAAUUUAGUAUUUUAAUUAUUAUUUAAAUAUAAAGAAAUUUAUUAUUUACAAUUAUUCAUUUUUUU